AUGAAGCGCGCACUGCAAGUGCAGUUGGUACCUGAAGAGCAGUGCGUCAAGUUUGCCACUUAUCUACUCACCGGAGAAGCGUCACAUUGGUGGCAGAGGACCCGACGUAUCAUACAGCAAGGUGAUGAUCCUAUCACCUGGGAUACCUUUCAGGAGGAAUUCUACAAGAAGUACUUUCUGACCUCUGCUAGGACGGCCAAGGAACUCGAACUACUGCAGCUGAAGCAGGGUACGAUGACCGUAUCUGAGUACACGGACAAGUUUGAGGAGUUGUUUAGGUUCUCCCGUAUGUGUCAAGGAACUCCGGGAGACUUUGGGGAGUGGAAAUGUAUCAAGUACGAAGGAGGACUCCGAAGUGACAUCUACAGUUCAGUAGGGCCUAUGGAGAUCAGGACUUUCUCCGAGUUGGUAAAAAAGAGCAAAGUUGCCGAAGAGUGUGUGAAGAAGGCAGCUUGGACUCAGGGUCAGAACAGCUUUAGAAGGCCCAACAACAACAACAACAACAAUGCUUCAGGGAGAAGAUUUGGGAAGCAACUUUUGAAUGAGCAGGCUUGCACUAGAUGUGGGAGUUACCAUCCUGGUGUUCCGUGUAAGGCCGGUUGGGGUCUAUGCUACUCAUGUGGGAAGCCGGGGCAUAAUGCCUCCAACUGUCCAGAGAGGCAGAGACAGGGUACCGGGAGAGCACAGCAGCCUAGACGGGUGUUCACUACUUCAGCUAUAGGGGCCGAGGGGUCUGAGACACUCAUCUGA